UUAAGUCAAAAAGAUAAAAGAAGAAAAAAAAGAUAUAAAAGCGCAGUUCAUUUCAGCAUUCUUCACCGUUUCAAAGUUCAAACCUUCGAGUGUUUUCGUUUUCAAUUCUCAAUUUCAACUUCACUCGCGUUCAUAUUUUCCCGGGAAAAAAGAGAGGGUUUCUGCGUUCACCUCGAUCGUGAUUUCUUUCUGUCGUACCAAAUCCCAACACUGUUAUCAUAAUUUAAGAGCACGAGAUCCCGAAAUUCAAUACAGGGAUUUCGUGUAUGGAUCGUUGUAUUAUCAAGUUCUUCCUCUUGCUGAUUCUCUUUGUAUUAGUGAAUGCUGAAAAUGAUUUUGGAAAAUGCGAAAGAGUUGUUAAGAGUUGGGCGAGUUCUUCGCUUGAUAGAGAAAUUGGGCGAGAUAAGCAUACGCUUAAGGAUUUGCUGUUUUUCUUGCAUGUUCCGAGAACGGGAGGGCGUACUUAUUUUCACUGCUUUUUGAGAAAAUUGUAUCCUGGUUAUUUGGAAUGUCCUCGGUCGUAUGAUAAGUUACGGUUUGAUCCAAGCAAAGAAAAAUGUAGACUGUUAGUUACACAUGAUGAUUAUAGCAUUGCGUCUAAACUUCCAAAGGAUAGAACUUCUGUGGUUACCAUACUUAGGGAUCCAGUUGACCGUGUCUUUAGCACUUACGAAUUUUCAAUGGAGGUUGCGGCUAGAUUUUUGGUGCAUCCAAACUUGACGUCUGCAACACAGAUGGCUUUACGCUUGCGCUCUAAGACGAAAGGAAUAAGCACAUUGGCUAUAUGGCCGUGGAAGUAUCUGGUUCCAUGGAUGAGAAACGACCUAUUUACUAGGAGGGGUGCUAGGUAUAGUAAGGGAUUGAAUGCCACUGAUAGCAGUGAUCCCUAUGAUAUGGAAGAUUUUGCAAUGCCGUUACAAGAAUACAUCAAUCAUCCCGUGGCUAUGGAUAUUGUACAUAACGGAGCCACAUUUCAGGUUACAGGUUUAACAAACAAUUCUUAUAUAGCAGAAGCACAUGAUGUGCGUCAUUGUGUACAGAAAUAUAAGAUUCUUGGUAAAUAUGUGCUACAGGUUGCAAAGAAGAGACUGGACGAUAUGUUAUAUGUUGGUCUUACUGAGGAGCACCGAGAAUCUGCAACAAUGUUUGCAAAUGUUGUUGGUUCUCAGGUUAUAUCACAGCUUAAAGCACCAAACACCAGCCUGGAUACUAUUGAAAAUAUAGAAAAGAGUUCAUUUUCAGAUGUGGAUUCUGAUAGCAGUGAAGAUCAGAAUAGCACCUCGGACAGGGGAGCAAGUGAGACCACUUCAAUUGAGAAGGGAGAAGCAUCUGAAUCAACUAUGACUGUUGGGAAACUCAUGGAUUCUUAUGAAGUCUGUAUUUCUAAUUUACGGAAGUCCCAGUCUGGUCGUCGCAUUUCGUCUUUGAAGAGGGUUCCGGUGAACUUUACAAAGGAGGCACGGCAUCAAGUUUCUGAAGAGGUUCUCCAGCAAAUACGGUCUCUUAACGAUCUUGACUUGGAGCUCUAUGAAUAUGCGAGGGCCAUUUUCAAUAAGCAACAUAAAGGCUCAUUGCUAAUUACUGAGGAGACAUUGAACAACAUAUCAAGUAGCGCAUUUGGCUUCAUCCUCUGGAAGAUUAUUACAUUAGCAAUAACUUUCUUCUUCAUCAUUUUCUUAUUGUUGCUAAUUGUAAAUGUGAGAAGAAGAACGUUUAAGGUUAAGAUGUAAAGUAAUUGAAUCAUAACAUGCGGGUUUACCCACUCUAACACAGAUUCUAGAAAACAAAUCUAUUUAGACAGGAUUUGGUUCAGUUUUGAUUUGAGUGAUUCAUAUUCACUUCUCUGAUGUAGUAAUUCUGUUCAAUGUUUUGUAUGCUGAUUGAUGGGUUGAGUUAUGUUAGGUCUGUUUGGGGACAGCUUUUGGAGGGAA